AUGAACCUCAGCGAAAAGUAUCUCCAGGACGAUCGUCCCACUGCUAUUGGCCAACAAUCAGCCCUGGAGUGUUUUAACCAUGAAACCUUCAAGGCAGUCAAGUUCGAGGGACUGUUGAGGACAGUUGAAUGGCGAGAAUCGGAAGAUGAAUACUGCCGCUGUCGCAUCAAAAAGGGAUCAACGCACGCCCGCGUCGUCGACGGGUUCGUCCAGCAAAAGCAAAUAAAUGACGCCAGCGGCGGCGAAAAAUAA